CAUCGAGACAAUAACGUCAUUAUUGCUUAUCGGCUCCUCAAAAUUCGUUCCCUCCAACAGUGUCAAGAAAAUUAGAAAUUUCUGAUCUUUCAAUUCCUGAUUGUUUAAGACCUUUUUGCUUUUAGUUACUUUACAUUCACCUCCGACGCGUUUGAGAAAAACUCUCAGCUGGUAAAGUCAUCAGUUAUUACAAAUCACACGCGAGAUGUGUGAAGUUCCCCGAUGGGUACCACAAGGCCUAAUUUAGCCGCUAACUAAGUGGCUUGAAUAUUUGAGUAGUUUAUUUAAUUAGAUCGCUCCACGUACAAUUCUGCCAGAGCGGGAGACUUCAUCCUUGCUGCAAAGCAAAGAGUUUGCACUUUCCAGCUCUUAGCUUUGCGUGCCUUGAUUUUGAAACUGCAAUCAUGGCAGAGGUAUCUACAGCGACCAAUUGUUCAGUCGAUAGCACAGAACUGGACAGUUUCAUGAUUAAAAAUCCUUCCACUGUUGCAAUUCGAGGUGACUCUGAUAACCAAGAUGUCGACGUGGAAAGUAAGCGUUGCUGCAACAGCCAGAGGUUUAUCGUUGCUAUUAUCGUUCUUCUUGGAAUAACGUGUUUGAUAAUUGGAAUCGUUCUAAUCUCGCUUGCCAAAGAUAAACACAAGGGCGAAUGUGAUGCAAAACAGGAUAAAAGUCAGCAGAGAAACCAAACUCAAACUGCAAACUCAGACGAGUGUGCGCCGUCAGAGGAAGCUGUGAGAGUGUCGCUUUACAAACUUCUCGAGAAAAUUCAGUUCGAAACUUACGUCUUAAACCCAAAUUUGCUACGUUUCAAUCCAGGUAAGACACCCGAGGAAAUCCGCCGUGAUUUCAAACCCUACGAUCCGACACCUUCCGAGAUCAAACGAAGAACAGACGGAGCCUGGCGACUGCUUACGGAGAUCAAUAAGACAAAUAUCGACUCGGCCAAACUGAAGCCACGAGAGAGAAAAGCAAUAUCACAAAUAAAAUUCUAUCUUCGGCACGUCUUCGGACAUCCUUACGACGGAAAUUACUACUCGGGUGAUUGGAUGUUGGGUCCGAAUUUCUUCUGUUGGCAGCCGAUCUGCGUUCUAGGAGAAGAAAUUUCCGGUAGUUUACGGCAUUUUGCACCUAAAAAUUUAAGCGAUAUGGAGGUCAUUCGGAAUAUUUUGGAGUCUUACAAUAAAUCGAUUAGUCGAUACACCCAAAAUGUGAAGCUUGGAGUAAAGGCCGGAAUGGUUGGUUCAAUUGAAGAGUGUCGUGCGGGGAUUGAUUCCUUGAAGGAAUACUUCAGCCAUAUUUACACUGAGAGAGAAGGAGUGUUAAAAGAACCGUUUGUGCAAAAGCUGCUUGAUCCUUCUUUCUACGAAGGAUUGACGAAGGAAAUGAGGGACGAAUGGAAUAAACGCACAGGAAAGACGUUGGAGAGCUCCAUGGAGGAAUUCUUGAUCCAGAAUGUCGGUGCACCAAUGAAUGGAUUAUUUAGUUAUCUGGAAAAAGAGCACAUGAGCCAUUGUGUUCCAAGCAACAUUUCCAGCGGUCUUUUUAACCGCCCCUUGAAAUACGUGUACAUUGACGGCAAACCUGAUUUCUCACAGCCGACCGUGAGGAACCUAAGCACGGGGGAGAUUCUCAGCGGGCCUCAGACUUAUGCCGGCAUGUUGUCCUAUUUUAUCACAACUGAUAUGACCCCUGACGAGGUGUACAACAAGGGAUGGGAGAUCUUGAAUCAAACCUAUCCUCAGAUCCUUGCUCUUGCGAGAAACCUCACCGGAAAAAAAGCAGACCCAGAUGCUACAGUUGUGAAGGAAUUCAAAAAGAGAAUUACAUCUCGAGACAUGUACUACAACAAAGAGCCAAUACCAGCGAAUGAAAGCAACCAGUUGGCAGUUGAACGCUGCAGUACGAUCGAAGGUGCCAAGGAAUUUUGCCCGAAGAGAUGGGAGGCUCUACAAAAUUGGUUCAAAGCUUCUAGGGAGGCUAUGAGUUUCUUAGAACCAAAAACAGUCAACAUGUUUCAUUUCACUGGUGCCAAGCAGACCACGCCAAGCUGCCCCGUUCAGCUUGCUCCGGACUUUAAUCCUUCCUCUGCCGCGCAAAGCUACGAACUCAGUGAUGCAGUUUGUUCAAAGAACUCCAGGUACAAUGUUCCAUUUUUCCUCGAAAACAUGGGUCCAGUCUUCAGCGAAUGGAGUGUCAAUGCUCACGAGGCGAGACCUGGACACCACACUCAGGGUCAAGGUUUUGUUGAACAUUUCACGGACAAGUGUGGCGGUGUGAUAGGCUGGGUGAACCAGAUCUCUCAGUCAAUUGCAUUUUCGGAGGGCUGGGGACUAUAUGCCGAGAUGCUUAUAGCUGAAGAUACUGAUUCGUACGAUAAUAAGCCGUGGCAGAGAUACGGAGCACUAAAAUGGAGACUUUGGCGGGCCCUCCGUCUUGUACUGGACGCAGGCCUCCAUAGCAAGGGCAUGACUCGCCGAGAAGGACUAGAUCUAUUGGCCAAUUACGCUUGGGAUACGUCCGAUGUUGCGCGCAAAGAAAUGACUCGAUACCAGUCUGGCCCGGGUCAAGCUAGCGCGUACAUGAUUGGUCAGCUGAUGAUUCAACAGUUAAGGGACUACGCAGAGAGGAAGUUGAAGGAAAAGUUUGACCUAAAGGACUUUCAUUACCAGAUUCUCAACCAAGGCUCUGCGCCGAUGAGUUUCCUCGAGAGUCAUAUCCAGCAAUAUGUCGCUUGCAAGUUAGACGAUAAAUCUCCCGGAUGCGAGCUCGUCUUGCAGCCAUUUCGCGUUGAAGUGAAAACGAAGCGAAAAAGCCAUGCCGAGAACCAACUUUCCUCAGAAUAUUCCAACUUUUUCAACCGGCCGUAUCCGAGGAGGCUUUAUGUUUGAUGAGCUUACAAAAUUUAAAUUUUAGUAUGUCCGGUACUUCUAGUUAGCAAUCGUAGAAAUUCUCCGAGUUUAGAAAAGAAAUCCAAUCGAAAAGAAGUCGGGUCAUAAGUGAGUGCUUUCACUGGCAAUACCCCAAAGGAUCAUUAAGUGCAUUUACAUUUUUUUAUUGAUUCCUAACUUUUUUCACACAAUUUCUGAAAUAGUGCAUGUAUCCUAACUGACUUUUAUACGUUGUCAAUAACGUUCGUUAGCUAUAUCCACAGUCAGUACUCCCUUUACCAGUUCAACCAUGUAUCUCGCGUUCAAUGAAAAACAUCAAAGUUUUUAACUCUGAGGAGCUUUUUGGUAAAUGAGUCAUCGCGUAGAGCAUUUCAUCCACUUAAAUCCUUCAUAUUUACAAACACCCUAUGAAAGAGUUUCGAGUUUUAUCAAGUCGCCUUUAAGCAACGAACCCAUUAGACUAUUAAUAAAUUAAUGCUUCAGUAGCUUGUUUUAGUCUUCUUUUUCAAUAACCUGCUCGUGUGCUGUAGCCAGCUUAAAUUGAGUGAAAACGCUUGUUAAAUAGUAGGAUCAGAAUAUUUAUGACAUUUCGGAAAUAAGAGUGUAAUCACUGUAAAAACCAGGCUUUUAAAACAAAUGACAAUUUUGACAGCUUUGUAAUCGAAUAAAGGAUGAACGAGUGCAUG